CUUCAAAUAAUUAUCUGCUUUUCACCCUGGUGUACCAGUGGUUAUUUCACUCCAUAUUUGUGAUACUGGUUAUCUUUCACCUCCACACUACUACAUCGCAUUCAAGUCUUGUUGCUUUAUUGUAUUACCAUGGCAGCACUGAAGCUACACAUAAAAGAGUUGAAAUAUAGAGGGGCAUACAUGGGCAACGACGACGAGUCAAGCCGAAGAGCGCGAUUAUCCAGCCUUUUGGCGUUUUUCAAGCCAAAGCCGACGCCGCAGUCUGACCUUGAUAUCCCGAAGGUGCGACUUCUCUGGCUUGUUGGAAAAAGUGCGCGGCAUUUUGAGAAGCCAUGGCAGAAGGAUCCAACCACAAGCUCUUCCCACUACCGCAUAGCAGAGUUCUACGGACGCUUGGCAGAAGCCACCGUAGACUACCAUUUUGAUCCUGGCACUGAUUAUGUGGACCUGGCGCAAUAUGUAAAUCAUCAAGCGUUUUUAUCACUCAUAAUGGACGGCGCUUCUGGCUUCCUACGACUAGGAUUGUGCUCUAUGUUAUGA